GUUUCAGGGGGUGUGAAUUAUGGGCCCCUGUUGUCACUGUGCCUGCUCUGCGUCGGACAUUUCACCUCGCCACUGUAAAUUUAAAAAGGGGAUUAGAUAUUGCUGACUAGUGAUUUCAAAGCCACAGCUCGACCAAGCGCAGUAAACAGCCCGGUCCCCCCUGACGGAAGACUUCACACUAUACCCGUAAUUGCUGGAUUUUUUUUAUUUCAUUUUUUUUUUUUUUUUUUUUUUUUGCAAGGCUCUGAACAAGGCUGUCUGAAAAGAAAAAAAACGUGUCAGGAUCAUAAAUAAACUCUGUGGGUUAUACACGUUUGGGGACCUUUUUACCAGAAAGAAGGAGCAGCAGAAGAAAAACACCUUUUUUUGUGGCUGAUUGGGUCGCUUUGGACGCGCUUAGGAAACGGUGAUGCUUCGGCGAUGCGCCGUAGUCGCAGAGGGGAGAGACAGGUGAGGUGCGGCUGAACAUCUCACAGAAGCCUCGGAUACAGCCAGCUGCCCUUUUCUCCGCCGAGAGGAGGACGAGGAUCGACCGGAGAGGGCGGGUCGGUUCCUGGCACCUGCUCCAGCCCGUAUACCUGACCAUCUGCUGCGUGCACGUGUGCUGCUACCAUGGCAACUGUGGCUCCUCCCCUCACAUUUCUUCUCCUGCUGCUUCAACUGGCUGAUGGCUCAUUCCCAGAGGAGCCCAGUCCACUCAGCUACGUCCCCAUAGAGGUGGUGAGGAGGUAUCCAGUGUUCUUGGGGAGAGCUCAUCGUUCAGCUCAGAGACAGGAGCUGCACAUCCAGACAGUCCUCCAAGUCAACCGCACACUCUACAUAGGAGCCAGAGAUGACUUGUACAGAGUGGAGCUUGACAACACUGCAGGUGAUGAGAUGUUUUACAGCAAGAAAAGGACAUGGGAAUCCAAUAAGAAUGAUAUUCGAGUGUGUCGGAUGAAGGGCAAGCAUGAGGGAGAGUGUCGAAAUUUCAUCAAGGUUUUGCUCAGCCAGCCCGACGGCCUGUUUGUAUGUGGGACGAAUGCCUUCAACCCUCUGUGUGCCAACUACACUAGAGACACCCUAGAAAUGGCGGGGGAGCCUGUGAGUGGGAUGGCGCGGUGCCCGUAUGAUCCGCGACAUGCUAAUGUGGCAUUAUUUUCAGAUGGAAGCCUUUUUACCGGCACCGUGACAGACUUCCUGGCCAUCGACGCGGUGAUCUAUCGCAGCCUGGGCGACAGCCCUGCCCUUCGCACAGUCAAGCACGACUCCAAAUGGUUCAGAGAGCCCUACUUUGUGAGCACGAUGGAGUGGGGGCCUCAUAUUUAUUUCUUUUUUAGAGAGAUGGCCAUGGAGUUUCAUCAUCUGGAGAAGGUGAUGGUGUCCCGAGUGGCUCGUGUGUGUAAAGCAGACCUCGGCGGUUCUCAGCGCGUCCUUGAAAAACAGUGGACUACAUUCCUAAAGGCGCGGCUUAACUGCUCCGUCCCAGGAGAUUCGCACUUCUACUUCAACCUCCUACAUGCCACAAGCAACAUCAUCCACAUGCAGGGGCGAGACGUCAUUCUGGGUCUCUUUUCCACGCCGCCGAACAGCAUCCCAGGCUCUGCAGUGUGUGUGUUUGACAUGCAGCAGCUGGCCCAUGUCUUUGAGGGCCGCUUUAAAGAGCAAAAAUCCCCCGAGUCUAUUUGGACACCUGUACCAGAUGAGGCAGUGCCUAAACCAAGGCCAGGGGGGUGUUCAGUGCAGGGAUCCAGAUUCAGCUCCUCGACAACACUGCCGGAUGAGGUGCUGAACUUUGUGAAGACCCACCCUCUAAUGGACGAGACUGUUCCACUUCUCGGACAUAGACCCUGGGUGGUGAAGACUAUGGGGAGGUACCAGUUGACAGCCAUGGUGGUGGACACAGAAGCUGGCCCCCACAAGAACCGUACUGUCUUGUUCUUGGGCUCCACUCGAGGGACCAUCCUUAAGUUCCUAAUGAUACCAAGUGGAGAUUCAGCGUCUCACAGCAGCGUCUUUCUGGAGGAGGUGGAGGGAUUCAACCCAGAAAAGUGUGGUGAGGACUCUCCUCAGGCUCGCCAGCUCUUGUCUCUGACUUUGGAUCGUAGUAGCCACACUCUGCUGCUGACCUUCCCCUCCUGCCUGGUCAGAGUGCCCACAUCGCGCUGUCACCUGCACUCACGCUGCAUGAAGAGCUGUCUGGCGUCCAGGGAUCCGUACUGCGGCUGGACCAGAGGCAGCACCUGCUCCUUCCUGAGACCAGGCACUCGGCUCCCCUUUCAACAAGAUGUAGAAUAUGGAAACACCACCUCCCAUCUGGGAGACUGCGAUGGAAUUCUGCAACAGAGUUUGUUGAUUGAGCCAGAGAGCCUGGUCUCCCUCAACCUGCUUGUGGCAUCUGCCGUCUCCGCUUUCACCAUCGGCGCGGCACUGUCCGGCCUGGCCGUGUGCUGGAUCAUGGCUCACAAGCCGGCGAGCCGGCGGCAUGGCAGCAGCUCUCAGUCCUCCAUCCAGCGGCGUGAGCGGGGACUGCUGAGCGGUGGCGGUGGGAUGGCCGGCUCGGUGCUCAGUGUGACGCGGCAGGGAGGUGGGGAGCGCUCCUGCUCACAGGGGGGGGAGACCCUGUUCGUCAUGCCCAAUGGUUGGGUGAAGUCGGGAGAGCUUGACCCUGGUUUCCUGCCCACCCCGGAGCACACGCCCCAGCAGAAACGCAGAGGCCUUCGACUUUCUGACUCCAACUCCGGAGGGUGGGACACCAGCCAGACCUACCUGGGGGGAGGCUCUGUUGGUCUGGGCUCACCCUGCCGCAUCCCCCCCUCCGUCUAUUUGACCACCAGACUCUUCCAGCAGGGUGGGGUUGGAAGACACGGCGGUGACUGCCGUGGGAACGAUACCCCACGCCAACAUUAUGUCUGCCUGAGCAAACAAGAGAGGGGUACACCCAAAGGGAAGGGUACUCCCAAAGCCCCCCUCAGGAAGUCUGCAGGGGAGUACGUCUAUCCCAUGACCCCCCAGGACUCACCUGAGCGUAGAAGGGUGGUCUCCGCCCCCAGCGCCCCUGUGGAAUACAACGAGCCUUUGCCUUUGCCUUUGCCUUUGCCUUUGCGCUGGCCCGCCCAGGAAGGAUACAUCCUCAGCAGCCACGGUAUGGUCCCCGUCGCCCUGCCUCCGCCCAACAUGCCUGCUCCCAGCAGCCAGGCGUACAUGUCCCAGCAACACCCGCCCAGCCUGACCAGGGCUUUGCUGAGAGGAGCCCUGGAGAGAGGGGAGCUGGGUGAGCUGGUGGAUCUCAGCCAGCUGAUGAGUAAGAAAAAUUGCAGUGACAGGACUCAGCCUGGCCAGUGACUGUGGAUGAAACGAAGGGGACAGCAUUCUGUCCAUGUCUGGAGCUCUUGAUUUCAUUUCCAUGAAUCUCACUUUCAGGUCCACUCCUUUCCUCUUCUUUUCCCUAUCCCUACAUCUAUAUUUCAUUUUCACCCCGCCCACCCCCCCUUUUCAAUCUACAGUCAGUCUGUAAGGCAAACCUUUUCACCUCAUAAUGAGUCUCUCCCUUGGACUGGCUGCUGGCUCUGUCACUCAUAUCCUGGCUCACAUUAAUUGGCCAGAUGGGCUGAGGUUGUUGCUGUGUCUGCAUUGCAGAGUUGCCUUUCUCUUCUGCUCCCAGUGGCAGCGUGAAGAGGGAGGAGAGAGAGUGGAGAGGAAAGACGGAAAGGAAGCUGAACGGGGAGCAGAGGGGGUGAGGACAGAGUCUCAGGCUGCCAGAGCAAACUGACUGCACUGAGGCUGCAGAUCGGGAUUAGGAUGCUUUGUCCCUCUUGGAUAGCAUCAAGAAGACAUCUGCUCCCAGCUAUUUUACAUAUUGGUUUGAUUGUUGAGGUACUAAGUACUUGAAGGGGAAAUUGCAAAUUCUGAACAUCAUAAAAGUAACUAGAGCUUAGGGGUGAGUCAUCCAACUAAAACUGGAGUCAUUCAGACUAAACAGAGAGGGCAAAGCAAAGUCCCUCUGCCUGUUUCUUUCUUUCCUCUCUCCAUGCUGCACACCAGCAGCACUUGCAAACAUGUAUUUAUACAGGGGGGGGUUAAGUAUUCUAUAGAAAGCAUGACUUGUGUGCCAAAUGCCUCUAACUUGCCUCCUAUAUGGGACCAUAACUCAUGUCUGUGGAGAGCAGAGUGCAGGACUGAAAUGUCAGCACUGUUCCUGCCAACUACACGCUCUCUGUAAUGACGACAUUUGGGCUGUUUGUUCCUCAAUCCGUUCCCGCGUUCAACCUCAUGUUCUCUUUAAUGACCAACAACGCUUCAAGGAUGUUGGAUGGGAUUUUACUACAACACCGGACUGAAAUCAAAAUCUCAGCAGGAUUGGAAAAAAAAGGGAGAAAAGAUUUUUUUUGUUCUGAUUUUUGGGUGAACACAGUGGAAUGUAUGAACAACACCGCAGCCAUUGCACCAAUAGUAUCCCCCCACAAACAAACCCAUAUUGUUGUCUGGUUUCUGGUUUGGGCAACAUUUAUCAUCGAGACCACAGUAGGUAGAGGCCCCACAGACAUAAUACAGUACAGUAAAGAUCACACUGGUUAUGAGUGAACCCUCUGGCUUAGCUCAAAGCCAGGAGAAGUGAUGGAAAUGUCCCCAGCAGGCAAAUGGAACUAUAUAUUCAACCCAUCAAAGUGUCCUGUGCCAUGAAGUGCUCAGCAUUCAGAUAAAUACAACAUGGUUUGAGUGUGUUACUGCAGAGACUGAUGUAAUACUCAGAGAUGAGUUAUCGAAGAAAAAAAAAGAAGCAACUUAGGCUUGAUGAUACUGGAGAUAACGGGACAUUUGUCAUAAUUUACUUUAUGACUUUGUUUUCACUCCCAGUCUGUCAGUCAACAAAUGAAUGCUGGUUUGUGUUGACACUGUAGUGAGCAGCAAUAUGUUUUUUUUCUUGUAUAUAGUAAACUUUAAUUUAGAUAUAAUAGUAAUGUAAUACCGUAGCUCCAAAAAGAUCAAAUGUUCAUUUGUCAUGUUAUUCAUGUAUGAACAUUUGUUUUCAUCCAGCUUUCACAUGAUCUGGCUUCAUGAUAGGAGUCACCAAGAUACAGAUUGUGCUUUUUUUUCCUCAUCAGUGUGCCAAAACCAACUGAUAAAUGACUUAUUGAUGCCUGAUUAUUUAAGCAAAAAAAAGGAAAAGAAAACUAAGAUAAAGAUGUUUUAAAGUGCCAUGAUGCAGAUGGUUUCAGUCAGCACUGCACCUCCCAUGUACUGUGGUGUUGAAGGAUUCUCUUAUUGCAGUAGACUUGUGAUUUGUGCACCUUUGACCUUACAUGCUGAAUGUCAAAUUUUUUUUCAUUUGCAUAUUGGCUCGUACUGUUGAAAUUAUUUGUUCAGCUCCCUUUCGUCCGUCCAGAUGAUCAUGACGCUGAAUGCUUCAGUCGAGGGUCUGUCUAUGAACUAUUUUGACAUUUCAUGCCAUAUAUUGUAAAUAUACGACUGAAUGUAGACACUCUGUCAUGCCGUAUGGUCACUGUGUUAAUGUAUUCUUCUACGCCAUGACAUGAACUGUGUUUACUCCAGAAUAGCUCAUUCUAAUACUAACUCUGGAAUAGUUCAUAAACAAACCUAACAAAUGAACUGAAAAACAUUGGGAACACUGCGUAACUCAUGCUGUGUCCCUGGUUGCGGAGGUUUUGUCUUGAUCUGUCAACUGAUGAUCAUCUUUUAUUAUGAACCAACUGCCAUACCUAAGGAUCUUGAAAAUACUUGUCAACAUCCUGAGCGAAUGAAUGUACUCUUUUUUUGUUGUUGUUGCUGUUGUUGGUCAUCAUAUUGUGCAGUAAUAAUGAAAAGCACAAAAUGUGUUUCAUUUAUUUUUUACGGAGCUGUUCUGUAUCAUUUGUGAAUAGUGUAAAUAAUUAUCUUGAAUGUAUUGUGUAACAGUUUAGUUUUGGUGGGUCCGUCCACGCUCUUCUGAGGCGGCGCCGUGUUUGAGAUGUGAGGCUAUUUUUCAUUGACGACGCUGUGAAUACAAUCUAUGUAGAGUACUGGCGUUACUUUGAUCGCAGAGUUCAGCUGUUCCCUUCCUGUUAUUUAGAGUAGAUCUGCAGUCUUGACCUCAGCUGGAGCUGAGCCUUCUCUUUUGACUGAUGCCUGUCACCUUUAUGUAGUUUCUAAACUAAUGCUGAUGUAAUUAUCAGUACUGCUAUUAAAUGGCAUUAUAUGAUUG